CGUUCGCCAACAGCCAGUCCUCGCCAGUGUCCCGACUAAGUUGGAUCAUCCUUUCGUUUCGCGUACCCACAACAACCUGUUUCUCCGGCCUGUUUGCAGAAUCAUUCACCUCUUCUAUCCCCGUCUCUGUCUGGCGUACGAGACCUGAUACGCGGCCACUCGGUACGAUCAAGAGUACACAUAUCACUUCUUUCGCGGCUGCGACCGUGAAAUGAGAUCCUCCUAGUGUGUCGUGUCUUCGGGGAAGAUUCUGACGGUGACAGAAGAAGAAAAGUCUUUAUUCUCUAUCGAAGAGAACGGAGGGAAACUUCGUGAUCGAGUGCGCGAGGAUCGACCCUUGGGAGGAACAUCGCGACUGAAACUGCGAAAGAUUCCCAGGGCCUGCUUUCUUGGUGCAUCGUAGAAGAGAGGAGAGUCUCUUUGGGUCUAAUCAGAUAGUGUUCGCGGACCACUACAAGCGGGACAGUCCCAUGAACGGGAUGUCGCUGCAACGGGAACAAGAUGGCGGCGGUGGUACGGUCACGAAGCAGAGAGAGGUGCCACGGUUCAGGUGCGGUACGUACGUGCUCACAGCCGAAUUCGACGAUGGGGACGAAUUUUACAGGGAGAAGGCGUUGAAGGAGCUCCGUGAGACGCCUGACGUUGUCCAGCAAGCCUUGAAGGACAUCAGGGCGAUGGUUAAAGGCGAGCCCGAUUUCAAUCUGCCGGACGACGAUGAAUUCUUCUACAAGUUCCUGCGUCCCUGCAAAUGGCACCCGAAAAGUGCCUUCGAACUGAUCAAACGGUUCUACAAGUUCCGGCUGAACAAUCCACGUUACUGCGACAGUUUGCUGCCGAGCUCGGAGACGAAGUUGCUGUCCUCGGAGAUACUGAUCCCUUUGCCGGAUCGUACGGCACAGGGUUGCAGGAUUCUCCUCAUCAACGCGGGGAAGAAGUGGAACCCGAAGGUGAUCAGCCUCGACGAGAUAUUCCGUGCGAUUAUGCUGUCGCUGGACGCUGCGAUGGCCGAGCCGAAAACUCAGAUCGCUGGGGUGCAUGUAAUCUUGAACAUGGACGGGUUCUCGCUUAGCCAGGUGACGUACUUCACGCCGAGUUUCGCCGCGAUGAUAACUGAAUGGGUGCAAAGAUGCCUACCGUGUCGCCUGAAGGGCAUUCAUAUUGUGAAUCAACCGUUCAUAUUCAAUAUGGUCUUUGCGAUUUUCAAACCUUUCCUUAUGGAAAAAACACGGAAGAGGAUCCAUUUCCACGGGACCGACAGAAAGUCGCUGACCUCGUACCUGGGCACCAAACCGUUGCCCACCAGUUUCGGUGGUGAACUGGUGAUGCCCAAUGAACCUCUGGGCGACGGCCUCUGCGACUACUUCUGCUGCUUCGAGAAAGAUUUCGAAGCUUCGAAUCAGUGGGGAUACGCGAAGAUCGCGAAACGGUAAGGAGAAAGGGAGGGGCUGUUCGUUCAAAGGCCCAGAAUGCACGGAGAAAAGUUUGGGAUCGCGUGGAUUUUCGUGGUUUAAAGACGAACAGUUCGCGGAGACAAUAUAACGUGGGGAGAUAGGGUGGGGCAUCGAGAAUUAGUUUUAAGUAAUGAAUUGUUGAAGCUCUAACUUAUUCUUUAAGGUUUUCACUGUGUUAGGUGAGGACAGAACGAAGCGUUCUCAACGGUUAUCUAACGAUAUCCAGUGAAAGCACAGUUUUAUGGGCUGUGUAAUGUUUUCCAUGAAACAAAAAAGGAACCUUUUGUUAGUUCGAAUUCGCGGUUCACAGUGAUAUCACACCCACGAAAUGGCGAAUAUUUCGAAAACAUGAACAGACAUUGUUAAACAGAAUAAGGACCAGCGAAUUCGGGACAAUAAUAUUAUGGAUGGUAACGGCGACGAUAAAGAAGAUCAUCAACAGAGAUUAUAAUUAUUUUCUUACGUAUAAUAAGUACGAUUUUUCGUGUCGCCUUUUUCACGUCCAAUAAAGAUACUAUAUACGUA